GCAUGUGGUGCAUGGAGGAGCACGAGAGGACCAGAGAGGAAGAAGAUUGCGGGGAAGACCAUCAAGCAAGCAAGAGGAGACGGCUUUGUGAAGUGCAGCUUCUUGAUGGGGUCAGCGACAAAAGAGGAGGAGGAGGAGGAGGAGGAGGAGGAGGAGGAGGAGGAGGAGGAGGAGGAGGAGGAGGAGGAGGAGGAGGAGGAGGAGGAGGAGGAGAGCUAAAGAUGAGAGGGUAUGGAGGGCGGAAGAGAAGUUGAGCAUAAAUGCAUAUGUGAUGA